GGCCCGCCAUCCAUUUCUUCGAGCAUCUCCCACCCUCUCCACUCCUCCGCCCUCCUCCUCACUCUUAUCCUCCGUUCCUACUUUUUCUGCUUUGCCGCGUCGCCGGUUCCGCCCUCCACCCUUUCGACUACUUCUCAAUUCCCUUAUCCUGCUUUAGCCCCUGAUCGCCAGAUACAUCUUCCCCUAAUCUCCAUCUCUGCUCGGGUGUGAUACUUUACGUUUCUACCAGAUCCUACAAUGGCGGGGAGACCUAGCAACAGGUCGAGCCAAACGCAGCCGGUGGCCCCAGCCACGGCCCGCCAAAACGAGUAUUUUGUGCCUCGCGAUGGCAUCGACCGAGAGGUCAUCACAUCAGACAUUUGCAGAUAUUUGGGGAAUGACGCAUUAGUGCGCCCUGGCACUUAUGAGUCACCAGACGGCCGUGUCACGCAAGGCUAUUUCAUCACGGCAUACCGGAACUUGACAUCGGCUAUGAUCCAAGAUCUCAAGGCCGACUCCGCUCGGUGGGAGCAGGAGAGGCGCGCCGCGUCAAGGUCCUCAGGCGGCGCUGGAGGAUCCCGGGAUCAGGCUCGUGGGCAGGACUACAGCGCGUGGAAGAACAAUCAGCGGGAGAAAGGAUACAGCAGUGCCUCGUACGAUUCUGCCAUGGACAUGGACAUUGACUAUGCGCACGCACCACCCCCUGCCGCUACUCCAGUUUAUCCGGGCCAGCAGUAUCCAGGACCGCCCGCCGCCAACUACCCUCCGGCCGCCUAUCCGCCACAGGUCCACGCUGCUGCCGCGCAGUAUUCAGCCCAGCCAGGCUACGGGUAUGCGACCAACCCUCCUCCUACGCAGUACUCUCCACAACCCCAGACUUCCGGAGACAGGUACUCUGCGAUCCCUCCGCCUCCCAUUGCCGGGUCAUACCCCCAAGAUGCUGCAUACGUUCAUGGGUCAAACUACCAAACCUCUGGAGGUUAUGCCGCCCCCGGUCCCAACAGGAUGCCAUCGGUCAUAUCUCAUGCGUCUGCCGCUCCCUCGAGGACUUACACUGCUCCCACGGCUGGCACACCUGUGUAUGGGUCAGAGACAGAUCCGUACAGUUAUCCUCCUCCUGCAGGAAACCCUGCGCCCCAGGGUUUCCCGACGGAUGGUCUCUACGGUCGCGGUGCGUACCCUACAGCAACAGCCAGCAUUCCGGAGUCUUCGUCUGAUGUUUUAGGUUCCCCUGCAGGUGCCACGCAACGGCCGGGCUACUCAGCCCCUCCGGAUCCUCAGUAUGUUGACCUUCAGAAUCCCGGGCUGCAAGCUGCAACCACACCCACAACGACGGCCCCGGCUCAAAUGGCAGGCGUCACAGCGCCGCCCGCCCGCCAACGUGAACGUGACUCCGAGCCGAGGGAACGGGAGCGCGAACCAAGAGACCACAGGGAUCCAAGGGCUCGCCGCUCGGAACCAGAACGCGACGACAGGCAUGCCGACAGGAACCGUCACCGCCAUCGCUAACGCGGCCACACGCAGGAUUUGAUUCUGAGCCUCUUCCACCCCGGGCUUGCCACCCGGAUACCUGGAUCUCAUGAACGCUUUGAUUUCUUCCUUCUUGCUAAUCUGUCGACCCUGGAUGGGGUCAAUGAA